ACGGUCUUCGCACGCGAACUAGGAUUGCCGUGCCGCCGAACAAGGGACGCAACAUGCUGGGCGUGGUGGAUGAGACGUACAGCCUGGAGUACGGGGAGGUGUUUGUGCAGUACACCCCGCUGGACACCACGGCCGGGCAAGGGGCCCAGAAAGAGGAGGAGGAGGGCACUCGCAGGGCACAGAUACUCACAGGCACUGUCCUGGUGACCAAGUGUCCCUGCCUGCACCCCGGCGACGUGCGCAAGUUCCAGGCGGUGGACGUGCCAGCAUUGCACCAUGUCAGAGACUGCAUUGUGUUCCCGGCCAAGGGUCCCAGGCCACACCCCAACGAGAUGGCAGGUUCCGACCUGGACGGUGACGAGUACAUCGUCAUCUGGGAAGAGGACCUUUUCUUUCCAGGCUCCAACAAGCAGCCCAUGGUGUUCAGCGACUCCUCUUCAACGGCGACAUCAAACAGCAGCCUGGUGGAGGGUAUGAUCCAGUUUGUCUGCAACUACAUCAAGAACGACAACGUGGGCAUCAUGUCCAACGCACACCUCGCGUGGGCAGACAAGGAGGACGACGGAAUAUUUUCCAAACGCUGUCUCAAGAUCGCCCAGAAGAUCUCCACCUGCCUCGACUUCGCGAAGACCGGCGAGACCGCCUCCCUUGACAGGGAUGAGAAGCCGCUGCAGUACCCAGACUUCAUGGAGAAGGGUGGCUUCAAGGACACAUACCGGUCCCAGCACGUCCUGGGACACCUGUACCGCCUGCACCGGUCGCUCGAGGCGGUUGUGAGCACCAACUUCCAAGACCGCGCCGCCGACGGAGAUGGCAACCACGCUCUGUUUGAGUACCCUGGUUGGAGGGACCACGAGGAAUCCGCGCAGACGGCGCUGGCGGUUUACGGCUCGCGGAUGGAGCAGAUCCUCCGUCAGCACGGCAUCAAGACCGAGGGCGAGGUGGUCUCUGGUAUUAUCAACAGCGUCUCCGACUACAACAAAAGCAAGACUGACAAGGCGAGCGUGGAGGCGCUCGUUGAGAAGCAGUACCGGGACUUGGUUAAGAGCACGAGGGAGCAGUUCUUCAGGGACGUCGAUGCUGCCUGCCAGAGCUUGAAAGUGCCCACGGAGGCCGGUAAGCUGACGGUCCUUCUGCAGGUGGCAUCUGCCUGGUACAUGGUGACAUAUGCUGGAGUCUGGCAGGAGACCAACUGCUACAGCUUCCCGUGGUCCGUCUCCGACGUGCUCCUUCUCGUAAUGAAGCAAGUGAAUGCUUCGGAAUUGAAGCCGGCACCAGCUCCGCGGAACCCGUUGAUUACGAAGUUGAACGGAGUGCUCGACAAGGAGCAGUCUGGCAAGUCUGUGGAAGAGCUUGCCUUCGAAACGGUCACCAAAUGGGCGACCAAGGAAGAACUGAUGAAGGAUACGACUGUAGGUGGACCAGGCAUCUGCAAUCGCUGCCUGACCACACUCUUCAAUAGCUUUGUUUCGCAAAGUUCCUCAUCUGGACCAGCAGAUCGGGAGCUGCCGAACAAGACGGAUGUUCAGCACACCUCGUGCGACGAGUUUUUUGGAGGGCAGCUGGCAACGGCAGGUGGCUAUGUGGUGGGGUUCCUCCGCUACGUGAGCAGCACGUCAGUGGAGUACCCACCUUGCAGCCUCUGCAGACUGUCUGCCUCACACACACAUAGUGUGACUAUGGCGGCACUGAGAACAUACAACAUGCUGGCACUCUCGAGGGAUCCCUGCCACGUGGGAUUGCCGUGCGACACCGACCUUCAUGAGCCCAUGCAGGACGUCUACGAGGGGAAUCCCAUCCGCUUGAAGGUGAGUCCGUCCUUCCGAAGCAGACUGGCGGUGGACACGGACGGUGUGGUCAAUCUGCUUAUCAGCUGGUCUGGAGUUCAGACGGUCAACAUCCGAAGCACCAGGAGGUCCAAGAACUACCACUACAUCAUAGUGUCGGUUGUCGGGCGGGAUUGGCAGCGCUGGUUUCUCGAGGACCUCUUGCUGCGGCCGUCGUUCGAAAAGGCCAUCCUCUCCAAGGACCUGGAAAGUUUCCUCCUAACUUAAUGAGUUGCCAACUCGAUGACAUGGCAACUCUAAAAGUCUAAGAGCUCAUUCCUAUUUGACCCCUUCUGCACAUCGUAGAGGGGGGAUCUCUUUUUCAUUCUAAAGGGCUUUAUAUAACUAGCGAAGAAUUUCAUCUAUGACCACAGGUUAUGAUGAUGAAUCACUGCCAUAGGGUGCCUUGCUCCUACAGGGUAUAUCUGAGUUCUAUUCCGGCAUAGAAAAAUUAAAAUAAACGAGCCAAUGAACGGAAGGCAAUGAAACUUUUCUCAAAGGUAUUUUUAAGUGGUGCAUUUAUUAUACUCAAGUUUCAUGGGUGUUGCUUUCUAGAAAAAAGUUUGAUUCAAACAACUACAAUUAUUCCUAUGCACGGGAGGAAAACGAUCGCAGACCACCUAGUUUACCCUGCUACUUGCAGGUGGCGCAGCAUGAAACAAAAGCGUGAGUGCUCCCCUGAGAUAUUAACACCCGAAAGCCGAUUCAGUAGAUUCGUGAAUCAGUCAGAUGACAGGCUUUUUUGGGCUUUCAUUUUUUUUUCCAGGAAAUUCAUGAAACUUGAGUUUAAAAAUGCACCACCUAAAGGGAUCGUUGUGAAAAGUUUUAUUGCACUUUGUUCAUUGACUUAUAUUAAUCUCUGCGCCCAAAUUGCGCUCACGAACACCCCAUACUUUACCAUGCUGCCAUGCUCUGAUGACUUCAUACAACCGGUGCCAAGGUCGGGUAUCAAUUUACCUGCCCAUGCGGUUUAUUUUCUUACUUACUCGCUUGUAUGGGACCAGGUUUGAUCUUUUUCAUGCUGGUUCUGAACCUUGUGUUCCUAUUUUAAAAGCUUUACCCAUUCCUAGUGCCUUCCUGCAUCCAGUCAUACAAAGUUUGGUUGACAAUGUUUCAGGGUGCCUUUACCUGUAUACUCUUGCUUGUCUUUGUGGAGCAUGGUCUCUGCACACUGCUACACAGUCAUUUCCCAGUCAAGUUUUUUGUAGCAACUCGCGAGCUAUUACAACCAGGGUCCAAACACUGCCUUACACAUUAUUUUGUAUGAGUAUUUUAUAUAAAGAAUGCUUAUUGGUGGAAUAAAACUGACUUGUUUUGGCCUA